AUGGAGAACGUUUUUGAAAGUAGUAGUCCUAAAAAAGACAAUAGUUUGUCAUAUAUGGGAUCUGGUUCUUCAAAACAAGCAAAUACACUUUCAUCUAUUAAGUCUAAAAAUGUUAAGAAAUUUUCUUCAAAAAAUAAUAAUUAUUCAUUACGUAAUCGUAGUGCUAGUGUUGGAAAUUUAAAAGGAAAAAUAAAAAAUGAACUUCCUAAUGGUAGUCUUCAACGUAACAGAUCUGUUUCAAAAAAGGAAAGAAAUAAUAAUAAUAAUUUAAUAUCUGAAAUAAUAAUUCCAAAAUUUGCUAUACUUUCAAGAAAUUGUAUAUCUACAAAUGUCAGAGAUCUUGAACAAUUAGACAUUAUAAGUUCAAAAAUUUUAAAUGACGGUUUGGGAAUAAUUUUAUCAUUUCGAUUUCGUAAUAAUUAUUUUAUUGAUAUUGUUGAAGCAGUUACAGAAAAUGAAAAACUAUGGUGUAUAGAGAAUGUUGAAUUAUUAAUACCACAACUAUUAGCAUUAAUAAUGAGUAAAAGUAUAAAAAAUAAGAGAACAUCAUUGAAUAUUAUACAAAGAAUUAUCAAAGAUUUUUCAGAUGCAAUUUCUUCAAAUAAUAAAGUUGGAAAAAAAGUUAAAGAAGGUUUACUUCAAAUACUAGUCAAUGAACCAAUGAUUUUGAUAAACAUGGAUAAAGCAUUCCAAAAAGAUAUGGCUUUUUGUAUUUUCUCCCAAGAGUCAAUUAUAACUCCUUUUGAUAAUAAAAAUAUAAAUGCAAUUGAUUUUAUUUGUGAUAAAAGUUUUUUUGAAGAGUGUACUUUAGUACUAGGACAAUGUUGUAAUAAAGUAACAAAUGAAUUUCAAACAUUUCCCAAAACAAUUGCGAAUAAAAAUCAGGAAAUGUACUUUUAUGAAUCAUGUGAAACAUCUUUUGCUCAAUGUAUACGUUUAAAAUAUGUUGGAUUUUGUAAUGUAUAUUAUCAAUUAACACAAUACUUACCAAUUUAUAUUAGAAGUCUUUUAAAAAGAAUAGGAGUAUAA